AUCCCGUUUUUGAAUGUUUUUGGAUCUUUUUGGGUACACCCCUGCACGAAUCUGCACCGGUACGCAGUCUCAGAUUCUGCCUAGGGCGGCCAUGUUGAAGUUUCUGGGGGUAGAAGAGAAGACUUGCGAUUUGCUGACUGGAGCGUCGUGUAGCAAGCAGGAGAUGGUUCACAUAGAACAUUUCAAAGGGAAGAGCGUUGAAGAACUCAAACAGGAACUCAAGGCUCUCAGCAAGAAAUCUGGAGAGACCCUCAAGAAGGAUGAACGAAUCCUAGUGGAUGGACGAAUGAAGGUUUUGAAGAAGCUCCUGAAGGCUUUGAAGAAGUCAGGGAAAUGAGAAGAAUGGUAUGUUCAGACACCCCGUGGCUGAGUUGACGAUCUGGAGCUGAUUCCUUGUGGCGGGUGCGCUAGGUGCGCUUUUGGUGUCGCCUGGUUUCUUGCAGGGUUGUCCUGCAGUUUGUCAGAACACUAGGUCCUGAGUCAAUGCAUAGUUUGAAGCCUUUAAAAUAUAUGUUUUUUGUUCGAGGAGCACCGCUUAGGGGAACGUUUUUUCCAAUGUUUGCUUUAAAUUAUUGCAUGUUCUUGUCAAAAGCUUGGCAUUUCCUCGAGCGUUUUGAUGCGUUACGUUUCGUCAUGUUGUAGCAGCCCGGAUUUCAAUGGCAUCUGCGCAUGACUUUUGCGUUGAUCUAAAGGCUUGAUCAAACUGCCAAAGCAUGAAAAAGCACUGUGCUGCCGCAGUGCUGUCAGUUUGUGAGACAAGAACCAUACAUGGGGAAAGCGCAGUAGCAGCAAGCGCUGUAGGAUUGCAGCCAAAGAGGUUUCGAGCCCAAGAAAAGGUUGCAACAUGUUCGAAGUGCAUGGUUUUCGGUGAACUGGGCCCCAUUUGGUAAUGAAAGUGGGUCAAAAAGGCAAAACAAUGGCGCAAACACCGAGCGGACCCAAAAA